AUGACCGUCAGUGCGAGAGAAGAGGUGGAGUGGUUAUCAGAGCCUUAUCCACACAUCUGCAGGCAGCACACCAGACACUGGAAGCACUCCCAGAGCUGCCUUCAAGGAAACGGUGCCUUCAGCCAAAGUCAGUUCCAUGUUAAUUAUCUGAAAAAGACCCCGCGUCCCGGAGUUUGGGAGCGCCGUCCACGUGUUUCCCAGACCGCGGUCACAGCUGCAGAGGAUGAUGACAACUCCAAUGUGGACAUAGUGACGGAGGAUGAGCCCUCCUCUAGUUGUAUUGAGCUGGCUCCAGACUCUACCCCCAUCAUUGAGGACCACGACUAUGCUGUUAGUUCAUUCAUUGUGGUGGACCAUAUGAGAUAUGAAAACGUGUCGAGGGAGAUUGAGGAGCUCAGGCAGCAGCUAGAGUCGCAUCAUUUGACUCAUACAUUUGGACUGCAGCCGUUUGCCUCAUCACCUGAAGACAUUCGGUACUACACAAGGUAA